AUGACUUCGACAGAAACUGGAAUUGAUGGUAAAGGUGAAGAUGCUGAACGAGUUAUUUUAACUGGUUCUUCACCACAGAACGAAUUGGAACGUAUGAA